CGGCGUCGAGCACAAAGGGAAAGCAGCAGGUGGAGAGAAGGGCUGCAGCGGUACCGCCACAGCCCCGCGCUGAGACACCGCGCAGAGGGCGGGACGCGCUCGCAGCCCCUCGCCGCGGGGCGCGGGCAGGAGCAGCCCGGCGUUACCUGGCCCCCCGGCGCGGAGAAGUCCACCACGCCCCGCAGGUCGGACACGUCGCGCUGCCGGUAGAAGCGAAAGAGCCGGCGGAACGCGUCCUCCCCCCCUUCCCGGGUCAGCGCCGCCGCCGCCAUUUCGGGCUGGCCGGGGCGGGCGGUGCUGCGGGGCGGGGCCGUCCCUCCCUCCCUCCCGCCGCAGUCCAGACAUGGCGGUGGCUGGCGCAGCGCGGGCUGCUGGGCGCCGUUCCCGGCAGCUCUUCGACAUCUUCGUGGCUGAGAUUCCCUGGACGGUGUCGAGCAAGGAGCUGAAGGAGUACUUCUCCCAGUUCGGGUCGGUGCAGAGAUGCCAGCUGCCGUUCGACAGAGAUACAGGCUUUCACAGACGUUAUUGCUGGAUUAAAUUCUCAACUCCAGAAGAUGUUCAGAAUGUGUUAAAGAAGGAUUCCCACAUACUUGAAGGUUCCAAGCUCGCUCUCAAACAGCAGACCCGUAGAAGACGCAGUCAAAGAAGGAAUCCAAGGGAGUGAAUGGUGGAAGGCGGCUUUAUUUCACUAAACGUAAAGAAACUAAAAUAAAGAUUACUGAGAAACUA